AUGGCAACGGCUAUGCUUAUCGGCAGCCGUGUCGGCGGGGCGGGAGCGCGACUCGGAGGCGCGGCGGAGCACGCGAACACGCCGCCGCCUUCCUCGGCUUCCCUUCCGCCUUCGACGCAGACGAUAGACGAACCGGCACAAGUGCGGACGCGCUGCCAGUCUGAGUUCACUUCUCUGGAGGAAUUUGUGCAGCACAAGUUGCAGAAGCUUUGCCAAAGACAACAAAGUGAAGCGCGCUCCAUCAGCAACAACAGCAGAAAACCAGGCAAGUCCCCAAGGCAGGAGCUGGGCAAAGCCCUGGAUGGGUUCGGCUCUGGUGGCUGGAUGCGCCUUCUGGGGGGCAGCGUGAUUUCUUCUAUUGAGGAGCCCAUAACUGUGACUCACAUAGUUGUUGAAGCUUCUCCGAUAACAGAAGAAAUCAGCAAUGCAUCCACAGUUGUAGGUAGUAGCCACCUUUGCAAGUUGUCUAUAGUGGGCAUAAAAGAAGUUAUUGUAGCUGGCGACCAUGUUUUGAAUGCCAAUGGCCACAUCGAUGGCAGUCUUGGAGAGGAAGAGGGCAGUCCAGAGGCCAUAGAAGAAGAAGAAGGUGUGGGUUCUGUGGAGCUCAUCAAAGUUAAACUGUUGGUUAAUAAGGAAGGCCGCUACGUGUGUGAGCUGUGCCACAAGACAUUUAAAACGGCCAGCAUCCUCAAAGUUCACAUGAUUACUCAUAGCAGCAGGAAGGACUACGAGUGCAAGUUAUGUGGGAUGUCUUUCAGGACCAAAGGUUCGCUGAUCCGACACCAUCGCCGCCAUACGGACGAGCGUCCAUACAAGUGCAAGAAAUGUGGGAAAAGCUUCCGAGAAUCAGGAGCCUUGACACGGCACCUGAAGUCCUUGACUCCCUGCACUGAGAAAAUCCGCUUCAAUAUGAAUAAGGAGAUUGUUGUCAGCAAAGAAGAGCUAGCCACAGAGCUCAACAGCUCCGGCACAGAAGAGGCCGGGCUUGUCGUGCCGUCUGUGGAGUCCUCGCCUGUCAUCCAUCUUGUGACAGACGCAAAAGGCAAUGUCCUUCAUGAAGUCCAUGUCCAAAUGCAUGAGCUCCCUGUUUCGGAAGCAAAGGCCUUAAACCAAGAGCCUUCAAACCCAGAGGAAGUGCCUCCUGUUGGCGAUGAUAAUGAGAACUUGCUUAGAGAAGCCAUGAGGAACUCAGGGAUUGUGAUCGAACGGGUGUCUAUGGAGGACAGGGCCAAUUUGGAUGAAGCCACCGCUGUUUCUGCUGGAGAGGAACUGAAGCGCGAAGAGGUGGAGGCGCAAGGGAAGCUCUGCGGAGAGCAGUAUGUAGAGACUGAGCAAGUAGAAACGCCAGAAACAGAAGCGACUGAUGAAUGCAAACGUCAUGUGUGCCCCUACUGCAGCGAAACCUUCAGGGAGCACAGUUCCCUUGAUCUCCACAUCAGUGGUCAUCUAGAUUACAAGCCUUUUACUUGUGAGGAAUGUGGCAAAGAAUUCACCAAAGGCUACCUGCUGAAAAAGCACCAGGAAGUGCAUGUGAACGAACGGCGGUUCCGUUGCGGGGAAUGCGGCAAGCUCUACAAGACCAUUGCGCACAUGAAGGGCCACCGGAGGGUACAUUCGGACGAGCGGCCAUACGCUUGCCCAAAAUGUGGCAAGAGGUACAAGACAAAGAAUGCCCAGCAGGUCCAUUUCCGGACACACCUGGAUGAGAAGCCCUACAUCUGCCAGUUCUGCAGCCAGGCUUUCCGGGAAAAGGGCUCCCUGGUGCGUCACAUCCGCCACCACACCGGUGAGAAGCCCUUCAAGUGCUACAAGUGCGGACGUGGCUUUGCAGAGCAUGGCACCCUCAACAGGCACCUGAGGACCAAAGGCGGGUGCCUGCUUGCCUUGAAAGAAGCUGAAGAAGCAGUGGUCUCAGAAGAAGGUCAGUCAGCGGACAGUUUGGCUGCAACAGUCUUUUCUGAAGAUCCCCCGACUGUCCUGGUGGAAUUCUCAUCUGUAGUGGCAGAUACACAAGAGUACAUCAUUGAGACAGCUACUGAGGACAUAGAAUCCAGCGAAGCUGCUGAAAUAAUAGAAGGAACGAGGCAUGAGGUGGACAGUCACAUCAUGAAAGUUGUCCAGCAGAUUGUGAACCAAGCUAACUCUGGCCAUCAGAUCAUUGUCCAGAAAGUCACUGUGGCAGAAGGUUCUGCCAUGACCCCUGACAGUACCGAUGCAGACACAAUUGCCAUUGCCACCCCCGAGAGCCUGACAGAGCAGGUGGCAAUGACUCUGGCUUCCGCCAUCGGCAAAGGAGCUGUCCUGGCGACAGAGGGCAGUGGUGAGGCCGAGGAGGCGACAAUGACCAUGGUGGCCUCUGAAGACAUUGAAAUAAUGGAGCACACGGGAGGAGAGUUUGUCAUCGCUGCCCAGGAGGAAGAGGUGGAGAUUCAGACAGUGAUUGUCUAGCGCUGCCCAUCACCUCCAGGUUUGGGGAGAUGGCAGCCAGGAGAGAGCCAUAUUUUAGGGCUCCUGCAUGCAUGGGCUUCCAUAUGUAUGUGGGAAAGACUGGAGUUGGCUGCGCAUGACUAGCAGAUGAGAGCUGGUUUUUAUAAGCACCUCUUUGCAGCCUGUGGGAGAACCAUAAAGUCCCGUGAUGUUGCUGGAUUGCAACUCCCAAAAUUUUGCCUGGAGGCUGCAAUCCAUCAGCAUCUGGAGGGCCAAGCGAUUCUUAACACUUCUCAUCAAGCUGCUGUUUGCUGAAGCCAUGCCGCAAUGGAGCAAAGCACUUUAUCUUAGUUUAGAGGGG